GUCUCUGUUUGUCUCUCUCUUCUCUCCUCUCUCCUCUCUCCUCUCUCUCAAAGUCUGGAAGUCUCAAAAACACACUCAACCUGUAGCACACGAAAACCUCGUAAACCCUUUUCUUUCUCAUUGAUUUUUCACGAGUGACGCGAGCGAGUUGAGAAAUGGCGACUCAGUUCCCGGACGAUUUCAAGUGCCCGAUUUCGCUCGAAAUAAUGUCCGACCCGGUUAUACUCUCUUCGGGUCACACCUUUGAUCGGGCCUCCAUCCAACGCUGGCUUGACUCCGGCCACCGCACCUGCCCUAUUACCAAAUUGCCCCUUCCCGACCACCCUUCCCUCAUCCCCAACCAUGCCCUGCGCAGCCUGAUUUCCAGUUAUACCCUUCUCUCCCCUGCCAAAUUACAACACCAUCAUCAACACCACCACCAAUACCACCACCACCAGCAACGCCACUCCCAACCCCCAACCCUAAUCUCAUCGCUCACUUCCCGAGCUUCAACCCUCGAGUCCAAGCUCGACUCGCUCGACCAGCUCGCUCGCCUCUCCAAGCGCGACUCCGCCUUUCGCGCCAAACUCACAGAGUCAGGCGCCGUCUCGGCCGUCCUCAAGUGCGUUGACUCGGACGAGCCGCGCCUCCAAGAAAAGGCCCUAACUUUGCUGCUCAAUGUCAGUUUGGACGACGAUAACAAAGUGGGUCUUGUAGCCGAAGGAGCCAUCGCUCGAAUCGUAACGGUGCUGCAAGGCGGGUCCCCCAAUAGCCGAGCCGUGGCGGCAACCAUGUUGACGAGCUUAGCCGUUGUGGAGGUCAAUAAGGCUACAAUUGGGGCAUACCCUUAUGCAAUUCGGGCGCUGGUUUCGCUUCUUAGGGACGGAAAAAGUCGAGAGAAGAAAGAGGCGGCUACGGCGCUUUACACCAUCUGUUUGUUCCCGGAUAAUCGGCGCCGGGCCGUGGAAUGUGGGGCGGUGUCGAUUUUGAUCCGAAUUGCCGAAUCGGGCCUGGAACGGGCGGUCGAAGUUCUGGGUCUAUUGGCUAAGUGCAGGGAAGGUAGGGAAGAGAUGGAGAGGUUUAAUGGGUGUGUGGGGAUAUUAGUGAGGGUUUUGGAGAAUGGAAGCUCAAGGGGGGUUCAAUAUGCGCUCCUUACUUUGAAUUCACUCUGUUCUUUUAGUGAACCAAUGUGUGUGGAAGCUAGAAAUGAAGGGGCUUUGGCUAUUUGUGUGGGUUUGGUUGAAAACGACAAUGAAAGGAUUAGAAAAAAUGCUUCAAAUUUGGUUCAGGUUCUUAGUGGUAACCAUUCCAUGAAGUGAAUUGCCAGUGGAAAUCUGAGAAGUGGUCGAUUUUGCGGUUAUAACUGUUGUCAUCAGUGGAGCAUUCUAUGAUCUUUCCCUCGGAAGAAAUAUGUCAUGGAAACUUCCAACAUAUGCAAUAAUGGAGGCUCUUUUUGCAUAUCCGGUCUUCAGCACAGAUUGAGGCAUGCUUAAAUGGAAAGUGAGGAAUUGAUUGGUUUUAUAUGUAAAAUAUCAUCCAUGUGCAAGGUAUGGAUGCCUUCCACUUUAUUUAAUCUUCUUCCCCAAUACUGUUCCGGAAUGAGGAGAUCAAUCAAGUAUCGAGUUGUGGGGUUGCUUCAGAUUCGGAUACUCUGCUAGUGAUGUUGGUUUUAUCUGAUACAAUACAAGGCUCAUUGGUCAGCCCCUGUUUGGUUGGUACCUGGGCCCGCUGAACAUAUAAUGAAUGAUAGAUAUGUCUUUGGUGGAGCAGUCGCUGCCGGCCUCUUUCGUUCAUUCAUUCAUAAUAAAUGUAUGUAAUGGAUAGAUAUAAUUAAUUGUUAUAUGUAGAACUAGCUUGCUUUUUGUGUAGUGGUUGUAAUUUUGGGAACAACAACAUGACACGCAUGAUGCAGAACUUGCUUAGUAUGUAAUUAACACGAAAUGUAUGUUUGUGUUGGAGAUUUACGUAUAAUGCCAUGCCGUGCUGUGUUCUUGUUUAGUUUAGUUUUACUUAUUAGAGUGAAUGUCAUUUAUAUGAGAUUUGAGCACAAGUCUAGCGGACAUGUUUCUGAAUAGGAGGACUAUUUGGAUAUUCAUGGGAUCUAGCAGCACUUAGUGAAAAUGAAACACUGUCCGGCCAGAAUUGGACUGUUGGUCCACAUACCUAGAAGCACAUUCUGAGUU